UCUUAAAAUGUCCUUUUUUUCCAGGCUUGAGUUUCAUAUCUGUGGCAAGACGAGAGUCAAGCGAAGAACUGGUUGAGACGAUGGUCUGGAUUGUUUGGCUGUGUGAUUUGUGUCAGUCAAGCCUCUAAAUAAUCACUGAUUCAGUUAGAAGUUCAGAUAAUAGAAAAAAUGUGUAGUAUCAGGAAUUUCCAAAUGAUUUCACAGUUAUUUCUUGCAUGCACCAGCAAAGGUGUUAGUGAACUCGAACAUAUCAGCCAUCUACCCACAAAGUUUCCGUUUGAACUGGUUCACAGGUUGACUAUAAAAGGUGGUACUGGAGAUCUAAAAGCCAUUUGCUUUAUUCCUUCCUUCUCUGCUAUCAUGAUACAUACAGGUGCCAUCAUUUGCAUCCUUCUGCUGGUCCCCCUCCCUGAAUUUCUCCAUUUGUCAGGCGCCUCUGGGAGCAGCAUAGUUGGAGGCAAAGUUUCCAAGCCCCACUCCAAACCUUACAUGGCGUCUCUCCAGUACCAAGAAAAACAUUCAUGUGGUGGGAUACUUAUUCGGAAGGAUUUUGUCCUAACUGCAGCACACUGCAAAGCUCAAGGUGACAUGACGGUGGUUCUUGGAGCACAUGAUCUCAGAAAGAAGGAGAAAAGUCAGCAAAGGAUCAAAGUGGCAAAGUUCUGUCCACAUUCAAGCUUCAGUGGAAAAUUUGAUUUUGACAUCAUGCUGCUUAAGUUACAAAAUAAUGCCACAAAGAAUAAGUACGUGAAGCCUCUGGACCUGCCCAAGAAAGCCAAAAGCGUCUCUGACAAACUCAAUUGUCUUGUUGCUGGCUGGGGAAAAACUGGACCCAAUGAGCCGGAUUCAAAGGUUCUGAAAGAAGGGACAGAAAGGACUCUGCCCAACACUGACUGUGAAAAAAUUUGGGGAGACCAUUUCAAAUCACAGCAAAUGAUUUGCACCACAUUUAACAAGAAGGACGGAGGAAUAUGUCAGGGUGAUUCUGGUGGACCUCUAAUUUGCAAAAAAAAGCUGCAAGGCAUAACUGCUUUUACUGCUAGCGGUCAAUGUGAUAAUACACUGUAUCCUCAUGUCUUCACGAAUAUUAAUUACUUUUUACCGUGGAUCAAGGAAAUGAUGCAGACUAAAUCAUUAUGCUGAACAUGUCUUUACUUGUGCAUUGUUAAUGAAUUGUAGAAAUGAUAAUAGCAUGAAAAUGUUUUCAAUUGCCUGUAUUUUCUAAAUUUACAAUAAAAAAUACACUUAUUAGUUAUACCUCUUUUCAUUAAA